AAAAAGUGUCACCCGGAAGUGUGCGUUCCAACAAGCACUGUGCGUUCCACCUACCCGGAAGUGGCUCCAUGUGCUGAGUGCUGCUGCUGGUUACUGUUGCUUGGGUGAGAGAUGCUGUUAUUUUCAUUGUUGGAUUUGUACCGUGACGGGUGUUUGUUGGACCCUCCUGAUAUUAAAUAAGACUGCCGAGGCAACUGGGAGUGAGGUGAAUCAUGUAAUGUUUGGUUUGGCUUGGCUGUAUUUAUAAAGAGGGAUUAUAAGGCAAUAAGUGCAAAACUUGGAGCAGUUAUCAGGGGGAUAGCGUUGGUUUCUGCGGGGAUUGUGGUACUUUCGGCGUUAUUCACUAAACUGAAUUAAAGGGACACUCUAUGCACCAUAACCUUAAAGGACCACUAUAGUGCCAGGAAAACAAACUUGUUCUCCUGGCACUAUAGUGCCCUGAGGGUGUCCCCACCCUCAGUGACCCACUCCCGCCAGGCUCUGGGGGGAGGAAGGGGUUAAACUUACCUCUUUCUCCAGCGCCGGGCGGGGAACUCUCCUCUUCGGCUGAAUGCGCAUGCGCGGCAAGAGCUGCGCGCGCAUUCAGCCAGUCCAUAGGAAAGCAUUCACAAUGCUUUCCUAUGGACGCUGGCGUCACAGUGAGAAGCGCGGAAGCCCUCUAGCGUCUGUCAAUGAGACAGCCACUAGAGGCUGGAUUAACCCAUUUAUAAACAUAGCAGUUUCUCUGAAACUGCUAUGUUUAUAGAAAAAAGGGUUAAACCUAGUUGGACCAGGCACCCAGACCACCUCAUUAAGCUGAAGUGGUCUGGGUGCCUAUAGUGGUCCUUUAACAGCACAGUGUAGCAGUCAUUUGCCUAGGGUUUCUGGGCUAAGUUUACAUGUUUUAUGUAAGACCGUUUAAUUUACUCCAAUUUGCAGUUUAGUGAAUAACUACGUUAGCACUGCCCCCACAUCACUUACCACUUAUAUUAUCCAUCAGGAAUUAUUCAGAAAAUACUGAAUUCUGGCAAAAUUAAAACCAAGCUGCUUGAUAUAGGCAACAACAACAGCUGCUUUGGAGAAAUUCUUCAGCUCCACAAUAGCCGUAACAUAACGAGUUUAGUUAAUGCAAUUACGUUUUCUGCUACAUACAAUUCAGUAUUUAAUUAUGCUAAGCAGAAUGUAAGAGGUACAACACUGUAUGUUGUCAGGAAAAGCGGAGUAAAUGUUUUCUCUAAACACAUUUUAUACAAAUUGUCUGAAAUAUAUAUUGGCAAAUAAUACAGAUAUGUCGUUAGGACAGCUUAUCAUCUUCCUGGGUAAAUUUCUUUACAGCAAUCCUUCUGCACAUCGUGUCAUAACUAGUGCUUCCGCAAUCUGGUUCAUUCUGUCCCUUUUUAAUUCUACAGUUAUCCAGAGUACUUGGUUCCAUCAUCGAGAUAUCAGUGUCAACCUCUACUCUCUGUCAUGUCUUUCUCCUAGAUUGUCAGCUCCUUUAAGCAGGAUCUGUUGGGUAGACAUUACUUUGUUUCAGUUAUCUGCUUUAUAUAUACUGUUUGUAAAAUUGUAAAGCUUUAUUUUUGUUGAUGUGAAACCUAAAAUAUAAUAUAUCUUUGAUAGUAAAGCAUCGAUACCUAGACUAUUUACUUGUGAAGAUGGAGACAGACAAAUCUUUACUGUCAGCAGAACGCAACGCUGAGAUGGAAGAAGCUUUAUAUGAACAGAUGUUAUUGAAGGUACGUUACUGGGGUUGUAUUAGGAAAAGACAGAUCAGUGUAUGUUUACUGUUCUAUUAUGAGCUUGGUAGAUUCUUGUGUCAUCAUCAAAUAAAUGGGCUAUCAGGCUGAAUGUUACCCUUCCUUUUUAAUCCAUUAUGUACAUAAUUCAUUAAAAUAUUUAAAAAUAAUUAUAUGACACCAUAAUCACUACAACUCGCAGUGGAGCUCUGGCGCCUUCCCCAACAUAUGGGAUUUACUUUGAAUGAUUUGAUUUAUUUCCUGUAGUUCACAGGGCACUGUUUUUCUGAAACAGGGCUGUCUGAUCGCUCUAAGCCUGUGAGCUAAUGGAAGUUCCUGGUGAGGAACUUCCAGCCUUUGAGAGAUGGUAGUAAAGGUGAGAGAACAGUACAGGGGGACCCUGAAACCAAACCAUUCUAAAAAGGUUGACUCCAUACAAUUGGAGGGGGGAGUAUGUGACAUCCCUUAGAGGUGUCUUUACAGCUCAAUGUAAAAGCUGCUUCUUCUUUUUAGAAAAGGCUAUGUUUCCUUGCUGAAACUAAAGUGACUGUCUCUUUGCCCCAGAACCACUACAUUAAACUAAAAUGUUUCUGGUGCUUAGUGUCCCUUUAACUCAUCACUCUGUAUUGGAUAUUUUCUCUUUCACCUUUAUUGUAAUAUCUAUCGUUAUCUGCAGCUGCACUGAUAAUGAAGAAAUUACACAUCCACAUUGGUAAAUCCUUACAACGUAUCUUCUGUAUUGAUUGGAUGGGAGCACUUUUGAUGGAUUUGCCUAGCGUUGUUAGCUUAUGGUUGUUAUCCAAGUUUGAAAGAAUGCUUUAUUGAAAAUAUAGAAAUAUCAUUUCUGAAUUAUCCGUGCGAGAUUUACUUAUAGAUAGCUGCCUAUAGGCAUCUGAUUAUAAGGGAUGCCUAGCCUGACUACAAAUUUCCUUUCACUGCUUCAUAAAUGUUUUUAACAAGCACAUAUAAAAUAAUUGUUGAUGUGAGUAUAGUUUCACAUAUAUAAAUGAUGUGUAAGCAUUGCACAUUAAUAAUCAAUUGAGAGUGUAAACAAUUAACAAAGGUAAAGGUUUUCAUUAGUUGUUAGCAGUGCCAGAGAGAGUUAAAUAAUGAAAAUUGCAUACUGAGAGUAAUGUUUUUUGACAGCACAUAGUGAAUUAUGGGGUUGACACAUAGAAUGCACUAUUUCCCUUAAUGGGCACUGUGUGACACUCUCAUCCUAUCAUUUUCCACUGGAGAAAACCUUUCCUAUACACCAGCGGAGGAAGGAAGUUGGAGGCAGCAAUGUCAGACACCGCGUGACCAACUUUGGAAUUAAACGGUUGCAAAAAAACACAACACAACUUUUGCUCCCAAAGCACAUUCAAUGUGGGGUUUUAAGAAGAAAAAAACUAAACUAAAUUAGUAGAGCAUACGCUCUUUACGGACUAGCCCAUUUCUUUUAGCAAAGUAUAAAAUUUUGUCCUUAACAGGUUAAAUUGUAAAUAUAUGGUAUGUAAAUGUUGGCUUAACAGUUGAUUAAAAUUAUAUUUUAUGGUUACUCUUUUAGGCUAAAGAAGAAAUACAGAGCAGGUUGCCAAAUCUUUCUGAAUCUAAACAAAUCCGGCCACAGCCAGGUACCUAUUCAUUUUACAGUAUCAUUAAUCGAAUUGAACAUUUAGCUUUACCGUGCUGGGGUAAUGGAAGGUGCCAAAAUACAGCAAGAAAUAAACGUGAACUACCUAUACUCUUUGCAUAGCUUUUGGUAUGUAUUUGCAUUCACCGUAUGGAUUUCAGUACUUGCAUUAACUUUAGUGCAAACGCUCUUGACAUUAACGGAAAAUUGUCAUGGUUCUAUUGUUAUCAAAAUUACCUAUGGUUUAGGCUUACUCUUUGUUUUGGUAACCACUUUAACCAUGUUUGAUCAGAGAAACCACUAAUCUGCUAAAACGAUUUAUGCCAGAGUGCAUUUUUGAUAUGCCUGGUGCUUGCACGUGUUAUUUGGUUGUAUAUUCUGUGCUCCUGACCAAAUACAACUUAAAGAUGGCUAUUAGAUGCAAUGAAAGAUAUAUCUACUUAUUUGUAUGCCUUAUCUUUUAUAAAUUUGCGAAUAAUGAUAAAUGGUUACCGCGUUCAUUCAAUGUGCUUACAUAAAUAAUUUUAGUGUGUGGGAGACUUCAUUCACUUUCUGAUCUCCUUCAUCAUUUCAGUAUGGUUGCAGCACAUAACUGCUGUUCAGUAUUGCAUGGUUAAUGCAAAUGUUCAUUACAGCCAUAGCUGACCAACAACAUUGGCCAACAGGAGAGCCCCAGAUUUGUCAAGCUGUUUGAAAAUGAUUUCACACACAAAUUAUAUACACCGUAACCACUUCAGUGAGCUGCAGUUGUCAUGAUGCUUAGAAUGCCGCUUUAAGAGAUAUGCAUGAAAGCUCACUCCUGAAUGCAGUAUCCUGCUGAUAUAGAACCUUUUUCUUUUUAAUAUUCCAUCAUAAAAUGAACACAGAUAUACAUAAUAUCAUCUGACAUACAUAAUUUCUUUGUGUAGCUUCUUAAACAUGGUUUCGUAGGAUAAAUAUAAAAACAAGUUCAUUGUGAUGUUUGAUUUUCGCAGCAUUGAUUCAUACAGUAUGAAGGUACAGUAUAUUCUGCACCACUGUUAACCACAGAGGGUGGAAAUCUCAUUUUCCUGAGUGAUUGUAUAUCUGUAAUGGGUUAACUGAAUGGUUUCUGCAGCCUAACAUCAUUUAGUGUGUGUGCGGUAGCUUUGCCUUCUUAGUUUCUCCUUAUUUCAUUGUUUUUCUUUUUGGUUAUUCUUUGAAAUUACACAUUCAUGAUAAAACAUGAAUGUAACGCAAGCAACCCACCAGAUACCAUGCAAAACUGAGCUAAACUGCCAUACAUGCAGUCCAUUAAAGGUUCCUACACUAUAGAAAUAAUUUGAUGAUUUCAUUGUCUGUAGUAGAACAAAAAAGUACUUAAUGAAUUAUAAACAUUUUAUUUUUCAUUAUUUAUAUGUCAAGUGUUUUUUUUCUGUUUUCUUAUAGUGGCAUGCUCAACAUUGCAUCUUCGGUAUUCCAACAAUAUAAAUCUACUUACUUUCAAAGCUACGGUUGUCAUAUAAAAGACUACGGGCUCUAUGUAGCUUGUAGCCAAAAAAGCUUUAAUAAAUAUAGCCCAUCCAAUCCUAACUCCUGGCAGCUUAUUUUAUAUAGGAUAAAACCUCUUCUAAUGCUAACAUUCUUUUUAUGAUACUCUUGAACUUUCUAACUCGAGGAUGUUUGCCAGUAUACACUACAUAUUUUUUCCUGUGCAAAUGUCUGCCAUAACACUGACAGCAAGAGAGCUUUGUCAUGUCCCUGUCUGAGUCCUUGUCACCAGCAGAGUGGUUCUAAACGCCCUCAUCUUGUCACAUUGACUACACAGGGGAACACUGCUUAUGAUCUGUAUCUAUUAUCUGUUUCAUGUAUUUUUCUUCUCAGGGUAUAAACGUGCAAUAGAGAUUUCAGAUGUAUUUAUUUAUUAAGCCAUCUAUCUGUCCACAAGGGUUAGAUUUGUAUUCAUGAUGGGCCCUGCCUAGCAUGGGUCAUGCAUAACAUUUUCAAACACCACUGAAAAAAAAAAAUAUCAUCUAAGUUUACUGCUCAGUGAGAACACUGGAGAGAAAUCUGCACCUUCUAAAAUUGACUCAUAAGAUGAGAUCAUAAGCUCUUCGCACCUGUGGGAAAUCUAGCAAAUCUAGUUUAUUUAUAUAUAUAUUUUAAAUGUGGCUGUAGUGGUGUUUUUUCAUUUAUCUUUUUUUAUUAUUUUUUUUCCUUCUUUAUUGAUACUGACCAGGCUUCUGCAUUAAGACCCGAACAUCAAAAAACACAAAGAUCUUUAUCAACAUCUGCAAAUCAAGUCACAUCCCUGCAGCUCCAGACAUUAGCGAGGCGGAGCUGGUUGCUAUCUUAGAGUCAGAAGACCCAUCUGGUUAUCGAGUUCCUAUGAGCAUCGGAGAACCGCAUGUAGAAGUGGAUAACAGUAUGUUACACUGAAUUGUUUAAAUGGGCCAGUAACGUUCAUAGAUUUAAAUGGUCAUUUACUGCUUUCCUUUUUGCAAGCUCUUUCCAUGCUGUGAAAUGCGUGGAAGAUCAUACUUCGUUAUUUCUGGUGUGUCUCUAAAGGUAACAGGGGACACUUAUUAUAAUACUGCCAGUGGGCCUGAAAAAAAAAAAGGUUUACACAGUAUAUCAUUUUGGCUGACAUCGUAUUGUUGUCCUAAUUCUGGUCAGUUGAAGGGCAACCCUUUUGGCUGAUUUUAGUUCAUAAAAUGGUUACAGGGAAUGAUCAGUUGUCUAAAUUUCAAUGUUUUGAUUGGCAUGUUAAUCGCAGCAUUGAUUAUUGACUUAUAGCUUUGUAAUAUAAUCACUUUGGGACCAACAAAAUACUUGGACUGUUAUAUCAAGAGAUUUGUCUGACUCUGGUUUUGUUCCAAAGCUAGAGAAUAUUGUUCUUUUCUUAUCAUAUCCACGUAGCUUUCCUCGGCAUGAUGCUCACACUGUCGUGGUGUGCUUCUGUCUUCCCUCCCUCUGACCCUUGCGCAAUGCCUCACUAGCAGGGUUUGAGGAAGCAUUAUGCGCACUAACUAACUGUGUUGCUCCGCGCUGAAACUUUGUUUCAAGUUACACGUGCGGUCAGCAGAUGGAGAUGUGGUCAGCGCUUCCAAUCUCAUUCAGGCCGCACGUCGAUGUCCAACAAGCUGCAUUUUGUAUGCACCUGCUCUAUGCAAUUACUACUUUCCUUUUAAGUUUUUAAAUGGUAAAGUCAAGCCUUCUGUGCCUAUUGUAGACUACCUCAAUCCCCUUUUUAAGAAUCACUGGUAGGGUUAUUCACUAAAGUCCAAAUCAUACCAAAUUUAAAUCCGAAACUUGGUCUGAAGUAGCUUAAUAUUAGGAAUUCAGAUUUAAUUUGAUACAAUUCAAAGUUUAUUGAAUAACCCAUUAAGGGAUCACUUCGUUCAUUAAGGUUGUCUGACUGUUCGUUCUCAAAAGUAUUUGCAUUUUCUCUACCCUGCUUGAAAAUUCUGUAGAUGGUACUGUAUUGCGUUGAUUUGAUGAGACUUAUCUACAGUAGAGCUACACAAGCUUUUCAAUACUCAUCGGCAGGAUAAAAGUAAACUUUUGCUGGGAUAAAGAGAGGACAACUGUGUUUCACUUUCCUUGUUUGUUUGUCAUUGCAGGUGGGAGCGGAUGCACUGCCUACGACAUUGUGAUAAAUAAUUCCUUCUUUGACAAGAUUAAGGUACAACCAACUUCGUGGCCACCAGGCAGGAGAUAAUGAGAUAUAUAUGUCAGAAGUACUAUUCCUUCUCGAGUUUUAAUACUGCACAAGCGUAUUCAGGCACAGCAUUUUUACUAACUUCCUUCUUUCCUUGCUCUUUACUCCAUUCACCAGGAUAAUGAGCUGUUCAGGGAAUUCUUCGUCACAGUAGCAAUGGAAGGACUUGAAAACAAGUACGAGAUGGAACUCUCUAGAGGUACAAUAUACUGUAAGAUGUUUGUGAUUUGAUCAAAUGGUAAAUUGAGCAGAGGUGAUUGGUAUCAUAACUGAGUUUAUGGAGCAUAAAAAUAGCCAGAAUUAAUAGAAAUGAUAGGUCAUUAAGAGGGACAGAAGCAACUCAGUUCUGGUAAAAUAUUUGACUGCUCAAAAUAUUAUUAGGAAAAGUAAAUUGCAAUAACGUUGUUUUUUUUUUUUUCUAUUUUGUUUUAUGUCCUCAAUGAUUCAAUAGGAACCAGGUCACAGGACCUAUAGGCACAUCCAUGUCUGUUUGUUUGUGUCAUAGGAAUGCAGGUAAAUACUCUUGCAGUCCUUAUUACACAUUGGUUGAGGGUUAUGAACUUAUCUGGGACUAUGUCCAUAAUGAUUGCAUGAACAUUUUGGGGUCCCUAAUUAUCUGCAUUAUGACAGUUGAGCAUCCCAGGUGUAUAUGACCCAAAAUAUAGUACCACAAGUCAGUAGUUCACAAUACUGUUGAUGUGCCUCGAGGACUGGUUUUGGGACCACCGCUCUAAAAAUUAUAGACUACAGUCAAAGCUUUAUUUUGAUUUGUGUCCACAUUUUUUAAAUUAAUUUAAACAAAGUGUGUGUGUGUGUGUGUGUGCUCAUAAAAUCAAAUACCUUGUUACCGUGUUAAAAGUUCUUUCCUUUAAAAAAUUGUGUCAUUGGUACCAUUCAAGCAGUAUCUAAUUAUUGUCACAUUAAAAAUGUAUUGAAUCAUCAUAUAAAGGCAUUUUAGAACAAAAACAAAGACCCCCAUGUUCUUGUUUGACAGUUUAUAAACAUGUACCCCGUGUUUUUCUAAAACACGAUAUUUGUACCCUUGGUGCUUUAUGCAUAGAUCACCAGGUUAAAGUGGAACUAGUGAGAUUUAUCUACAAGCCGAGUGUGCUGUAUCUUUUAUUUUUUAAAUUAUGACUAGUUUGUGUAUUUAAUGUAUAUGCCCUUUCUGGAAUGGCACUUGUAUAGUCUUUGUCUGUAUUUGCCCUAUUGCACAUGAGCCAUGGCGGAGACCUCAUGGGGCAGCAAACCUGUACUGAACACAAAACUGUGGUGUAGGUAAGUUUUUUUUUUUUUUUUUUUUUUUUAACCUCCACUGCAUUAUUCACCUCAGUAAACGCUUCCAUAUCCGCUACUGGAGUGUGGAAACGUUUAGAGAAGUGACAGUUCCCUUUAACCCCUUAAGGACACAUGAAUUGUGUGACAUGUCAUGAUUCCCUUUUAUUCCAGAAGUUUGGUCCUUAAGGGGUUAAGCCAUAUAAACCUUUAUAUGGGAAUUAUAAAUUGACAAAUAACAGAUUGCGCUAAAUAAACAAUAUUUUUAAAGAUGAUGAGUCACUGUGGAACAGCUGGUCUCAUGUUUGUUACACGUGUUUAAUAGCUCAGCUUCUUGUAUUUUUCUGCCUUUCUUUCUUUUUUGUGCUAUUUUAUUUUAAAAACACAGACCACUCCAGGUCAGUCAUAAGUAAACAGCAAUGUGGAGGAGGUUGGAGACAGAUAGUGUGGCCUUUGGCUAAGCAGAGCAAUAACAAUUAAGCAGCAAUAUCCUGAAUUGAGCAAGUUAAACCAGACUCUGAGGUCAGGCCCAGAGUCAAAUACUUAAAGGGUUACUUCAACCACCUUGACCACCACAGCUUUGCUUUCCCAGCCAUCCCUUUCUGUGCUGCCUCCCACCACCCUCUAUUGCUGUUAAUUGAUUUUUUUUAAUCUCUUCCCCUCUCUGGCUCAGGAUAUGCACAUGCACUCUGAGCCGGUAAAAUAGGCUAAUCAUAUGAUUCUCUAUGAGAAGCAUUUGAUACGACCUUGCGAUGCCCUUGGGGAUGUUGGAUGGAGACGUAGAUUUAGGUAAAUGUCAUUCCCAACAGGGCAUGCUAAAUUUAAAAUCACGUUUAAGUAAAAAGAGUUAGAGUAACCCUUUUUGAAGUCUAACUGUAGAGUAAGGCAGGCAGGAAGCUAAGUAGAACCAACAGCUUCCAGUCAGGGUCACCAUAAAAUUGCAGUUAGAAUUAGGUAAUUUUCAUGAAAUCAGGCACUAAUUUGUGAGAUUACUGUCAAACAAUGAAAUCUGUAGGCAGACAAGCAUACUUAAAGAGACAUAAUCACUGGUAAGUCAGUGCUUCUUUCCAGUUGACUAUGCUUGCUAACAUAUCCGUACACAGGGCGUACUUCCCCGUAUUCCUCUGGUAAACCAUGAGUUGCAAAGCUUUAACAACCACAAGAUGGCAUUAGUGUGGGAAUAAAACUCAUACUCAUGUUGCAUUAAAGAGACACACUAAGGUCAGAACCAACUUUAGUUCAAUAUAGCAGUUUGUGUGUAUAGAUCAGGCCUAUGCUGUCUUACUGCACUAUUCUCAAGUACCUUGUUUACACAGCCCUAGCCACAGCUCAGCCACGCAGCCUGAGCCUACCUGCACAUUUCCUGAGAAAGAGUUCACUUUUAGCUUCUAUAUAGCACAAUGCAAUUUUAUUUAAAAAUUCUUCUCUCCUGAUCUACUACUGCGUAGAGUGUGCAGCAGCCCUCUGUGUUUGAGUAAUGUUCAAUUAACAUAGCAGGAGAUAAGAACUUUUUUCGACCGAGGGGGGACUACUGUAGGUACUAUAUGAAACCAAAUUUAGAUGAAGUUGUUAUAGUGAAUACAUUUUUCCCUUACGUUAGUUUGGUAAAACCAAUAUGGGGUGUUUGUGGUUUUAUUUUUUACUAUACCUUAUAGUGACUCCCUUCUCCUAAGCAUGUGCUUAGAUGAACAAUUCGAUUUUAAAUGGUACAAAGUGCUUUCAUGCAUUUAAUAGCGAAUGUUUUAUGAAGCAGGUCAGUAAUGGGGUAUUUUAUGAACACUUACAGAGUGGAGAAUGCUGAAGAAUCGGAAAUUCAUGGGAUCUAUUUUUGAUCAGAACAUCAGAACAAAAUCCAAGCCUAUCAUCCAGGAAAUUGAUCCAAGGUACAUAUGAAAUGCUUUACAUCGUGUGAUGUUUCCUCAGAGUCCAGCAACAACUCUGUCGGAUCACUGGGGUGGCUGCUAUUUAUCACUGUACCGCUAUGAUAUCUUCAUGCUGUUGGGAGGCAAGGGAUUCUCAUACUGCUGGAUAUCUUAUUUUCCUGAUGGUGAAAUGUAUUGUUAGAGUGUUCUAAAGCAGUGCCUAUAGGUUCUCCUCCAUGAAACAAAGAUUUUCAUUACUAUUAAUGGAAUGAAAAAAACUAUAUUUGCUUUAUUUAAUGUAGCCUUUUAGGUAUUGCAGUCACAUUACUUGACUUAAUAUGUAAAUAUUGGCUAGGGACCAGAACUUGAAAAGUAAUGUGCUCUUAAAGGAACUAUCUCACAUUCAAAUUAAAUAUGUUAUUUUUUAAUGUUCAUGUUCCUUGAUCUCCUAAGAUUCAGGGCCGUAUUUUUUUUUUUUUUCUUAAAUUUUAAAUACUAUGGGAAAAAAAGCUGUAAAGGAACACUACAGAGUUUUAAAUAAAAACCUUUAAAACACUAGAUUGUUUAAAAACAAACACCAUUUAUAUUAUUGUGUCCCUCCCCCAGUGCCCUAAAAGACAGUUACCUUGCCUGUAAUCCAAAAACAAGGGAGUCCUUUGCUGCAGUGCCCCUUUAGAAGAUCCUCACUACUGAUGCUUUUCUGGCCAAUCCAGUGCUUCUAAGAGAAUCAUUGGGACAUAGGGUACAUGCGCUGCAGUGUUUCACGCUGCACCUUCAGUAGCACAAAGCAGUGAAGCACCAAGUUAGAACAUGCAGUUAUUUGAUCUUCAUGAGGCAUCCUCUGGUAAGUUCUAGCAUUCAGUCAUGGAAUAUCGUGUUUAUGUUGCGAUGCUUGGGAUGCGAUUUGAUUGCUAAACUUAGAGUAUGUUAAAUGUAGAGCAAUGCAAAGCUAAGAGGUAGAUCCUCAGAAACUGUAAAACAUUAGAGAUUUUUCCUUUUUCAGUGUGUCUCGGAAUCCCCAGACCAAGCCGCUGAUUUCAGAGAUUCAAAGGUAAGUGUAUCUUUUUGUUUGUUUAUAUACAGAUUUAUAACAGCUAAUUUUAUGAUUAUUUAACAAAAAUAAAAAUAGCAGGAGAUACAAACAUCUGAAUUAACCACAUUGUGCUGUAAGAUGUGAAAUGGAAACCAUUUUUUUUAAGGGCAGGGCUCACAAUUUCCACUGGUCAUUGACAAACUGAUGAGUGUUGUAUGGACCUUCAGACUUGCAGUGGAAAGUAACUUUUAAAGCUUAGCUAGUGACGUAAGAUUGGAAUAUUUAAGCUCUGAUGAUAGGGAUACGUUAACAUUAUGUCACAUAACAUAAACCCUCGGAAGUGACAGUUCCCCUUUAAAAUAUGUAAAAAAAAAUAAAAAUAAGUGUUCUCCAGAGCACCAUAUUGAUAUCAGAGAGGACAAAGAGAAAAAGAUUGACUGCCCAUAGCUCCUUCUAGUAACCAGUAAUGGUAGUGUUGUUUUUCACCUUAUGUGCAAGGAGAAUUGAUAAUUUAAGUGAGGGGUGCACAGUAUUCAUGUCAAGGAAUUUGGGGUUCCCAUCUUGUUGGACGCCUUGUGCCCCUUCAACCUUUUUUUGUAAUAUUAUUGAUAUUUUUGGUUAUUGAUAUCUUUGUUGGUUUAGAUACAGCCAUUGUUAUUCUCCAGUGCAGUUCAGACAGAUGAGUCAGGCAAGCCACGAUUACCAAGGCUUAAGAACUGAUGGCCAUGGCCAUUAAGUAGAAAAGAGAAGUGUUGAGCAUGUUUAGACUGACUCUCAACUUUGCUGAAGGACAAUGAAUGGAUUUUUAUUUUAUUUUUUGUAUCCUGUUGGACUUUAGAAAUGGACAAUGUAGAAGUGUUUCGAACUGAUAACCAUUUGUUAUUGCAUGAGUUCAAUAAAAAAGAAAUCCCAACAUUUUUUUCUUCCUUGGUUAUUAAUAAAUGUAAUUGCUUAAGUCCUUAAAAUCUUAGAAGAUACAAAUCUGGAACUUAAAUAUGCAAUGGCUGAGAGGAUUUACUCUGCAGAUGUUUUCUAACUGCAAAUAUGGGAAUGCAUUUUUAAAACAUAUGUCAUUCGAAAACUAACUGUCACUAUGUUGUACCUGUGAGGUUCAUGGAAUUGUCUUUUUUUCUUAUGUUUUUGACAUAUAUUUAAAGUUUUAUAUCCAAACAUAAACCGUGAUUAUCCGAAUGGUUUUAAUACCAAUAGGGGGGCACAUUUUUAUGGGCAAAUGCAAAUAUUACAAGUUUUAGAAUGAAAUGUUGUAUUUCUUAAACUGUGUACUUUGUCUUUAAGAGAUAUUGAAAACUGACAAGGUGUUAGAAAUGGAACAUAUUGUUUUUCAUAACUGUUUAUUUAAGCAAUAACCUCAGUUCCUAAUAUGUUUGCGCCAUUUUGUCCCAGACGAAUUACAAUAACAAUAAUGCAUAAACAAGCUUCAAGGCUAUGCUACGACUCUUACAGUACACAAUAUACUGUGGUAACCUUAGUAGAUAAGGAUGUCCAGACUUUAAGAUGCCAUCUUGAACUAAGUCAGGAAAAUUUCCAUGACGUGUACACCCUUUAGUUAUGGCUUUGUAUGUUUGCCAAGUUAAGGGAGGUCCUAAAAUGAAUAAAGUAAAAGAAGUGUUACUUUUUUAUAUAUGAACUACGGUAACCCUAAAAUGGAGACACCUAAGGUAUAAAUAGGUGUACUUUAAAAAGUUAAGGGACAGAGGAGAGACCUGGAGACAGACGUUGCUCCAUCUUAAAAUGACAGAGAGACUGACAUGAUGACAUGUUCAGAAGGGUAUGUUAACCUAUUAAUGAUAUUUGCAAGCAUUUAGUUUAAUCUUACAAACUCUGCUAUAAUGGAUUUUAAAUGUCUAUAUUUAUAUUUUUAUAUAAUAAAUAUCAAAAAGACAAAGCUAUUGCUUCCAAGACAAUCCUUAUUUUAUUUUGUAGUCUCAAUUAUUUAUAUAUGUUAAAUAGAGGAUCUCUUACUAACUAUAUAUAAUUAUGGCUAAGAUAUCUGUAUGGUUAGCCCUACUAAGUUCUAUGCUUUAAGACAUAAGGGAACCACCUGCGGUUAGAACAUGACUUCUAACAGAUGAAAUGAGAUUUGAUGUUCUUUUUAUACUGUACCACCAACCAAUGAUUCUGAGAUUAAUGUUAAUUUAUAAUAUUUUAUGGGGUAUAUGUUACAGUUCAUCAGUCGUUCCCGAGUAUACAAUUGUGGCAGAACCGUCUCAAGGGCAUCCAAGCUUUCUUGUGGCAGAAAUCUCUUUACCCAAAGUAGUAAGUACUUCCAUAUUCCAGAAUAUGUACAGUGCUAUUGCUUUUGAGUUUUAAGUCAUAAUUUCUUUCUUUUUUAUUAUAGCCAAGUGUGUGUGUUUUUUUUUUGUGUGUCCAUACUAUCUUUUUAUAACCGAUUAGUCUUCCUUAGUCAUAUACAUUUGUGCCUCAUUUUUUUUACUCCUUAAUUCCUUUCAUAUUAUCAACAUGAUUUACAUUUCCGAACAGCUUGGGUAUAAUGUGAAUAUUGAAGGAUCAACUAAGGAGACCUUUUUACAUCUUUACUCAAUUCAUUGAAGGUAGACUUAGUCUAUGGCAAAAGACACGGGGUAUUAUUUAUGAAGCACCUAACUAGUCAUUUGAAAAAUUUGCUAAUGUUACUAACAUGUGACGGUAACUUAGUUGGGGAGUUUCUCACAGUCAUCUAUUUUUUUAUUUUUUAUAAAUCAAUAUGGUACACUGUGGUAUCUACAUGUCAGCCUUAUUUUGUGAGAGCCCCAUUCUAAUUUUUUGCAUUUAUGCAGAGAGACUGUAAAUUUCAACCACAUCUCCCUUUCCGCACAUUCAUCGUAAAAAAUCGUCCGGCGAUUGUCCAUAUUGCUGUUCUGUCAUUCAUUAUUGCUCUAGCUACGUAUGGAGCUUUCAGGCAAUUAUUGAUCAUCUCAGCAAAUAGUGAAUCUUAUUGAAGACUCCUACUUGACUAAUAGGUGAAUACGUAACUUUUCCACUCACAUACACAUAUAAAAGAGAUGUACACGCUCACAUUUUUCACUUGGUGUUACAAUAAUGUGAUGUUGACGUUAUAUGUACAACAACAAAACAAUUAUCUACUUUUUGUUAUUGGAAAUGUUUUGAAGCCUGUUUAGCCUGGACUACGCUAGUACUGUUUGUUAAAAGCCUUGAAUGGUUGAUCCAUAUAAGAUUUCACAAUCUUCAAUAUUAUUUCUCUCUUCAGUCAUCGGUUCGAUCUCUUGUUCUUGACCUUGGAGAAGAUCGAAUAGUAUUAUUGGCAAGGCCUGAUCUGUACCAUUUGGACAUCUUCAUCCCUUACAACAUUAUCCAAGAAGAGAGUGGAGCCCAGUUUAAUAAAAGCACAAAGGUAAAAUUUAAAUCAAUUACAAAGUACCAGAACUACAGACUUAAAUGGAUGAUUACAGGGUUAUUUACGAAAGUGAAAAUUAAACUGAAUUUCAAAGUUAAGGUAAAAUAACCAAACUGGAAACAUUCUCAUAGUCAGCAAUGCUUUAAUUUCUGCUACUUCAGAAAUUCACUUUCAAUCCUAUGUGUUUAGAGUAGUUGCACACUGAAUGUGCAGGGUUUGGUGUAGAUUCAUUGUUAUGCCAUUAUUGCAAAUGUUAUGUAAAUUAGACAAAAAUGCUGCACUUUGUUCUGGUAAAAGGGAAACUGUCCCUUAUCUGGAAAUUACGCCAGUGUAUAAACCCAUUGAAAAUGACUUGUAACUUGUGUUAACCUUUUCUAUAUCUGUUUUGCUAUAUAUGUAUAAGGUUCAAGAAUGCAGGACACCAGUUGAGUGGGUGAAUAAUAACAUUAUGUAUUACAUAGAUUAAAAGUAUCAAUGAUUGAUAGGAAGGAAAAGGCCUUAUGCAAGUCUGAGUUUUAAAAGACCACUUCUAGCAAACCUGAACAGUGCUCAGAUCACCUACAGCUGGAAGGAAAAGGCCUUAUGCAUGUCUGAGUUUCUGCAAGGUAGACUAUGGAGGAAACUAUCUACCUUUAAUACUGGACACUAUAAUUGUAUUGAAUUUUAACCACUUGCAUAUUUUUAAACUAACGCUGGACGCGGCUAAGGUACUGGUUCAUGCUGUUGUUCUCUUUAGCCUUGACUAUUGCAAUCCCCUUCUCACCGGUCUUACAUGUUCCCAGCUUGCACCGCUGCAGUCUAUAAUGAAUGCGGCUGCGAGGCUUAUUUUCCUGUCCGGUCGCACCUCCCACGCCUCCACGCUCUGUCAGUCCCUGCAUUGGCUUCCAGUUAGAUAAAGGGCCCAAUUCAAAAUUCUUGCGCUUGCUUACAAAUCCCUACAUAAUGCUGCUCCAACAUACCUAUCCUCCCUCAUACACAAGUAUGUCCCGUCGAGACCCCUGCGCUCAGCCCAAGACCUCCUAUCCUCUGCCCGGAUCCCCACCUCUGAUGCUCGCCUUCAAGACUUCUCCAGGGCUGCACCUAUUCUGUGGAACUCCCUUCCCUCCUCAAUCAGACUUUCACCCAGCCUCCACUCCUUCAAAAAAUCUUUGAGAACUCACUUCUUCAUUAAAGCGUAUCAAUUAAACUGUCAGCAGGUUUCUCAUCCCCCACCCCAUGACUCCGUUCCUGCACCUGUCAAAAAUGACCUACCAAGCACUCAAUAAACCCCUCUAUAACAAACUAUUUAAUUCCCCUACUUUAACCCUUUGUGUCACUAUACCCCACUCCCUCUAGCAUGUAAGCUCAUCGAGCAGGGUCCUCAACCCCCUCUGUUCCUGUACGUCAGUGGUCUGAUCUCAAUUAUGUGUCUGUUAGUCCACCCAUUGUACAGCGCUACGGAAUUUGUUGGCGCUAUAUAAAUAAUAAUAAUAAUAGGCAGUCAAAAUUGAGGAUUAGAGGUAAAUAGAGUGGUAUGGAUUUCCACAGUUAAUUUUUAAACACAUAAAUACUUAUUUGUUAAAUAUAAUCUAUUACAUAGUAAAAUUUAUUAAAAAUCCUCAAAAUGGUGGUGUCCUUUACAUAAUUUAUUUGCCAUUUAUGAAGAAGAAAAAGCUUAUCAUUGCUUUAAAAAAAAAAAAAAAAAAAUUGAAAACAAAAAGUUGAGUCUUUCACUCUAAAUCCUGCCAAUCCAAAAAUAAAUGCUUGCCUUUCGAUUUCAAAACACAAAAACCCAAUAUGUCUAUUUUUAUUAUAUGAUAUUUCUGUUACAGGUUCUUACAAUUACAAUGCCAGUCCAGCCAUCCUGAUGAGUGCACUGCUAGAAGAUUUGAAUACCAGUCCUUCAUCAACAUACUGAUCCAGUGGAUCCGAAAAUGCAUAUGUUUUACAUGUUUUGUGUUUGUGUUCAUUCUAAAAUGCUGCUUACUCCUGAAGUAGAAAAGACUCGAUCUAAGGGAUUUUGAGACUUAAGCCUAUUUAGUAAAUCUGGUUUGGAUGUCAUUGUAGUACUGUGAUUAUUAUAUGUGGUUAAAGGUCAUUUGGGAGGUUUACACUAAGGGCAUUGUUUAUAGGUGGGAGCUCGCCAUGCCCCAAAGCAGAGGUAGGCCACCUUUGGCACUCCAGAUAUUGUG